UUCACUGUAGGAGUACAGGUUGAUAAGUUUGUUUUCCACUGCAAAGAGAUUUUUAGGUUUAACUAUUCUAUGUACCUCAAAGACGGAAUGGAGUUGGAGCAGACGGAACUGGUCAUUCCACAACAGUACCUUUGUUGUCCUAUUUGUGAAGAGGAAUUCAAACAACCCAAAUUCCUUCCAUGUCUUCAUACUUUCUGUAAUCCAUGCAUAUCUGGACAUAUUGACAAAAAUAUCGAUGAAGAUAAUUACUUCCCUUGUCCAGUGUGCGCUACUGAAAUCCAGAACGAACAAGAUGCUGCACCUUUACCUGAGAAUAUUCUUGCCAGGAGGCUUUCAAAAGUGUCUAGUUCAACCAAUCUAAAACCUCAGACACUUUGCUGGUUUUGUAAAAAUGCUGGAAACUUUGUAGACGCGGUAACUUUCUGUGAUGUGUGUCAAAAUGCUCUGUGUUCAGCAUGUUCUGAAUCCCAUAAAACAUCUGAGGAAACAGAUAACCACAGUCUGAUUUCAAUUGAUGAGUACGAUGCUCGUGUGGAAAGUAAGCAGGAGGAAGGAUUCGCUAAAAAUAGUCAUGUGAUUCCAAAGUGCUGUGAACUUUAUGAUGCUAUGGAUAUUGGUGCUGUGUUUUGUAUUGACUGUGACUUGCUCAUUUGUGCUGACUGCCAUGUGAAUAACCAUGGCAACCAUCGCUGUGCAGAACUGACAACUGUUGCUGGACAUUUUGAAAGCAAGAUCAAAGAUCCUUUGGAAGAAUUAAACGAUGAUGAGAAAGAAUUGAACGAUGCAUUACACAGACUUGACGAAAGUGAAGAGGUCAUUCAAAACCAAACAAAAGAACUGCACAAAGUUGUGAAAAAACGAACGAAGUUUUUGUCAGACUUAAUCACAGAGUAUGAAAAUAUGCUCAUCGAAGAAGUUAACAAACGAAAUACCCAGAAAAAGGAUGAAUUAGCAAAUAGGCGAUAUGACAUCCAGAUGCAUUUGAAGUCUAUUAAUGGGGUGAAAGAAUUCACAGAGAAUUUACUGAGUUAUGGUUCUUAUGAAGAAAAGGUCUUCCUACGCAAGAAAGUUGGUUAUCGAAUUCGUGAGCUGUGUGAAGAAACACUAGGCACAGAUGAAGUUGAAACAAUGACAAUUAAAUUAACAAAACCAAAUGUUACUGUGGAAACAAUCUGCAAUUUAUUUGGAGAAUUGUCUGAAAAGGGAACUGAUACAACGGAACAUCAUAAGGAUUCUAAUGCAAAUAUUUAUCAUCUGAAUUUGGAAAAUGGCCAUAAUAGCCAUGGAAGUGAUACUGCUGAAAAUACUGAACCGGAACUAGAAGAAAUAUUCAACCAAGCUCAAGAAAGCCAGUAUAACAGUGGUUCAGACUCAGACAUGCUCAGUGCAAGUAACAACAGUGAGAGUUUUCGAAAUGUUAAAUUUAGUGAAGAAAUUGAAAAGACAGAGUACGAGGCUGAAAACUGCUUUGAAUUAGGAGAACCCAAAAAAGAAACAGAACUUCCAGCAGUAAUUCAAAGAGAGUGUAUAAAAGGGAUUGGAAUUAAUAGCAAAGGAGACAUGAUCAUUGGAACAACCUCAACUGGUUCCCAAAUGAUCUAUGUCCUUGAGAAAAGAGGAAUUGUCAAGGGAACAGUACCAGUAAACAAUGGUUGGAACAUUCACUCUAUCUCCAGUGAUGGAAAGGUUGCCAUGACAAUUCCAAGGGGAGACAACAGAUUCAAGGUGCGAGUGUUAGAAAAUGAUGGAACUGGUCACAUUCUUUCAGACAGCAAUAUUGAGAGUUUUGGUCUAAAUUUUGUAACUGCAGACAAUAAAGGCAGUAUCAUAGUCACUUCAAAUCGUUAUGCUAAAUUGCGAAGCCAUCAUGGAAAGUCCGCUAAGUCAGGAGGAAACAUUGCCUUUUAUAGUAAGGAUGGUCUUCUCACAAAAAGAAUAACAAAUGAUGACUUUCACGAAUUUGGACUCUACUUAUUAGAGAAACCGCAGUGCGUUGCUGUUGACAACAAGAACAAUCUCCUGGUUGUGACUGAUCCAGGAAGCAAUACUGUCAUAGCAUUUAAUCUCAAGGGAGAAUUAAUUUUUGAAUACGGAAACAGUGACACAGAGGAAGAAAUUUAUCAGGGUCCAGAUUUAAUAAGUAUUGACAAAUACGGAAAUAUUAUUGUGACCGACAAAAGAGAGGGUCGAAUAGACAUCCUGAGCAGCAAAGGCCAGUUAAAGAAAUCAUUUCUUUUGGAUGACAUUCCUAGAUUUGUUGGAACAUUACCAGAUAAACUCCUUGUGAUUGUGAUGCCAGAAGGUACCAUGAAAUAUUACGACUAUCUCUGACCCAGUUAAUGUAUCUUACUCGUUAUUCAACAGUGCCAUUUCCAGUCUUUCUCAUAUUGUGAAUACUAGUACAUUUUGUAUAUUGUUAUUUUAUUCUUACGUAAGUUAUAGUUGUUCACAUUUAAUUUACCGUACACUAUUACCAUGGUUACAUGGUUAAAUUAAUCUGAUAUACUCAAGAAAAUGAUAUUUGGUGAUAACGACAUCUGCUUACAAUGAUUUCCCGUAGGCACAUGUUCACAAAAAAAACGAUAUUAGAAAAACAGGAAAACAUGUUUACAAUGAUUUUUAUAGUACUCUUCAAUUUUUUCAUUAUCUCUGAGUGUACUCAUAAAAUUGAAAUUGAUAUUUAGAUGGUUAAGUUAGUGAAAGAAAACAUCUAUUUGCAAAAUGUUUUAUUGUCCUUUAACCUUGGAUUCUUAUUCUUUGGACAUACUUACACACACAAAAAAAACCCAGAUCAUACUGCUAUGCCAUUCUUAUUUCAUUCCACUAGUGUUUGUUCUGCAAUUCCAAGAUCAUAAAACAACAAGUUUUUGAAAUACAAAUCUAAGAUCAAAUAAUGAGUAUUUUGGAUUAAACAAUCAACUACACAAAAAUUAAAAUAGCACUUUUGCAAAUAGGUAAUAUUGUAUCAAAUAUUUCUCUCAGAAAACAAAUAUAUGUAAACUCUAAAAAAGAAAGAAAGUAUAAUCUGAAAAUACUAUUAUCUUGCCAUAUCUCGUCAUGUCACAUGGAACGGAAACUUUACGCGACAUAUAUGCAUAAUAAUAAUAUAGGUCAAACUUAAGGAAAACACUCCAAGUAAACUUGAUCACAAUUUUCUGCUUGAUUUAUCUAUUUAAAUCACCUGUUGAUAUAAUGGAAUAUACUUUAAAAAUUACACAAUAAAUUUCUAUUAAAGAUGGUCUGUUUUACUAUGCUAUAUCUUUUAAGGUCAUCACACUUUUACAAUGGCUAAAUUAUUGUCAAGUCGUGUGAUUUAAUCCCAUAAAAGAUCCAUUUCCAUUAAUAGUUCCUUGUUUCAUAAAAUGACACAAUGGAGAAAUCCCAUGUCAGGAAACUUUACAAUCUACAAUGUCAUUAUUUUCAAAAGAAUUUUAAAAAGUCAAAUGAAAGUAUUAAGCUCUCGGCUGUUUUAUCAGCUUAAUUUCUCCUUACUGACAACACUGUUUUGAACUUAGGCCGUACAAAGUUGAUUUCAAACUUUUUGGAAUGUGAGGGUCCUAAAUAUAAUGCAGAAUUCCUUCUUCUUUUUAAAAUAAUAAGAUCAUUAAUAGUUAUUUAAAAAAUGAUAAUUUUCACCUAGAAAAAAAUCUUUAUUUGAUUAUAAAACCAAAUCAAAUUAGAAAAGAAAAUAGACAACUAAAGACCUAUUCUGAACUGAUGUCAGUUAUUUCAAAAAAUGAAAAACCAAUUGGUGUGGCCUUAUAUUGGAUUUUUUUUAAAUUGAGUUCAAAGACAUCACCUUAAUGUCGUGUUUCAUGAUUAGAACAUCAAAAUAAACAGAAGAAUCUCCGGGAUGUUUUAAAACUCAAAGAUAAAAUAAACCUUCUAUCUAUUUUGUAAUUAACAUCAUCAAUAGGUGAUAAUUCAUAAGGGACUUAAUUUAUCUAAAGCAUUCAUCUCAGUGAAAAUCAAUCGAAAAUAAAACUACUACUAUAUGAAAUAUUCUAAUUAAGUUUGUUUCAGUGAAAAAAAUACUUGAUUGUAAUUGAUGUAGUAUAAAUUAUUGAUGAAGAUACCUAACUGAUUAUUACCUUCAUACCUCAAUCAAUUUUUUUAAAAUUUAAAAAUGAGUAGAUUUACGAUGCUUGCAUUGAAGCCAGGGAGAGCAUAGUACUGAAAUCUGAAUUUUAUGGACACAUAUUUCAGGACAAAACACAAUACUAGAAAAUAUUCCUGGUAGUUAUAGUUCUAGUGAUGAUAGUUCAUUUUCAAACAUUAAACACAGCAAAAAAAAAAAUUAUGUAUCAUUUUACAAGAUAAAUGUGAUAAAGAUAUCUAAAUUGAAAUCUUAUAAAGGACCUACUAGAAAUAAUGAAGCAAAGUAUAUUCUUUGAAUCUUACCAUAAAUGAUAUAUGCAAAAGUGUCUUUACUUGUUACAUAUCUUUCUUAAAGUAUUAACCAAAGAAAUUGACAUGACAGUUUAAUGCAUAACCUUGGAUAAAUAGCUUUGUCAUCCUUAAAACUCUCUACACUUGGUAUUGGUUCUUGUUUGUCAAACUUGUCAUUAGAUAUUAAUUAAUCGGAAGGCAGUUAGCAGUCUAAGCAAAAUAGCUUAAUUCAAAUCUUGUAAAAUUUGGUUCAAUCUGAACCACAUAGCUUAAUUCAAAUCUUGUAAAAUUUGGUUCAAUCUUAACCACAUAGCUAUACCCAAAUCUGGUAAAAUUUGGUUCAAUCUCAACCACAUAGCUAUACCCAAAUCUGGUAAAAUUUAGUUCAAUCUUAACCACAUAGAUAUACCCAAAUCUGGUACAGUUUGGUUCAAUCUUAACCACAUAGCUUCACCCAAAUCUGGUAAAAAUAGGUUCACACAACUGAAAGUUUGAAUGUAAAAAUAUAUCUGGAUAAACAGAGACGGUUCUUCAAUUCAUCAUUAGGAUAGACUAUCAAAUAUUUUCAGUGUAGAAUGAGAAAAAAUCUACAAACUGUUUAAAACCUAAACUAAAAAAACACACACUCUAUUAUAAAACAGGUUGCAGUUUGAUAAUAAAUAAGGGUUCAAUUGCCAUUAAACUAAACAUGUUUUGAAAUCUAAUGCUUUUCAAAAGCUACAAAUAUUUAAUGGCGUACCAGACAUACUAAUCUGAAUUCCCAAUAAUCUAUAAACAACAAAACUAUAACUGUCAAUUUUCACCUUGAAUGUUAUGAUCUCAGUCAAAAAUGAUUUUCAAUCAUUGUUUUGAUUGCAAUUAAUAUAUCAACUUAUAGCUUCGGACAGAAAAAAAUCCAUGGUUAAUCACCGCUGUAACGAGUUUCGGAAAUCAAAUUUUUGAUAAAAAUUGUCUUAAUUACAUCAAACUGAUCUGGUUACAUGUAAAAUAAUUCAGAAUAUUGACUUGACCCUAUUUAGUUCAUCAAUCUGACAUUAAGCUUUUAUCAUGUCCUUCAAUAUCACUUGAAGGUCGUUGAUUCUCUUUGGGUACUAAGGUUUUCUCCAUCAACAAUAAAUCAGCUAAACCUGGUAAAUAAUACUGAAACCAUAUUAUGGUAUGAUGUACAAUUCCAUUCCCUGUUUUCAUGUGAAAUAAUCCAUGUUGUCUUCCAUGUUUGCAGUGUUUUGUGAAAAUGAAAUGGAAGAAGAAUUAUCUUUUUGUUAUCAACAUAAAGAAUACUUUUAAACAAGAACAAUAGAAAAAAGAUGUUUGCACUUUCACAACUAAAACUAUAUAAAAUUUACAGUAAAAAACCUGAAUGAUAUAGUCUAGUUCCAAUUCAUAUACAACUGGUUCUAUAUUCAAACUGACAAAACCUAAGUCUAUUAGUAGCUGUUCAAAAUUAAAUAAAUACAGAACUAUUACUGUUCAUUUCAACAUUUAAAGAUAUAUUGUUCUCGUGCUUUAAGACAUUUGUUAUUUUUAUAUGUCAUUUUCAUACCUUUAUACAUGUAUGUUACCUACUUAGAUAUUUUUAUAAUGUAGUUGUUGUCACUUUUAUUAUUUUCUUAACAUUUUUAAGUGGAUGAAAUUGAUAAACAGUGAAACCUGUCUAAAUCAAACCCUGUGUGAACACUAAACCUGUCUAAAUCAACCCCUGUGUGAACAAGAAACCUGUCUAAUACAACUCCUGUGUAAACUAGUGGUUCCCCAUAAACUGACCUAA